GGAAAAACAAUCAAAAUGUUGCCCCAAAAUUUGUAUUUUUUUUUUGAGAAAUUUGUAUUCAUAAGCACACAGAAGCGAAAAGUAAAUAAAGCUUCCGCAAAGCUGCACGGCAACAGCUUUUUGAAACCGUUAGCCAAUAGGCUAAAGCUUUGCAUUCAGUCGCUCUCGACACACGCUGCAUUAAGGGUGGAAAAUCGCCACUACGGGAAAGUGUCUGCCGCUAAUUAUUGCAAAAGCAAUAACGCUGUUAAAGUUGAAAACAAACAGCUAAAGCUGACAAUCCUCAACUACAAACCUGACGCGAUUUGCUUACAAUCAGGCCCACUACCGCAGAAUCGUAUAUACGUAAUAUACAUCAUCAUGGCUGGGAUUCCGAUUAUCUGGAUUUUGGGAGGACCUGGUUGUGGCAAGGGCACACAAUGCGCCAAGAUUGUUGAGAAAUACGGCUUUACGCAUCUCAGCAGCGGCGAUUUGUUGCGCGAUGAAGUUGCCUCCGGCUCGGAUAAGGGUCGCCAGCUGCAGGAGAUCAUGACUAGCGGUGCUCUAGUGCCCAAUGCGGAAGUGCUCUCGCUGCUGAAUGCGGCCAUUGGUCGGGCUCAGGGCAGCUCCAAUGGUUUCCUCAUCGAUGGUUAUCCGCGCGAGAAGAACCAGGGCAUUGCCUUCGAGGAUCAGAUUGCGCCAGCCGAUUUGGUCAUCUAUUUUGAGUGCGCCGAGGAUACGAUGGUGAAGCGGAUCAUGGCGCGUGCUGCCGCCGCUGCAGUGAAACGGGCCGAUGACAACGAGGCGACAAUUCGAUCCCGUUUGAACACAUUCAAGCAAAAUACCAGCGCCAUUCUGGAGCUAUACUCUGAUAAAACACUAACGAUCAAUGCCGAGCGUGAUGUCGAUAUUAUCUUUAUGGAGGUAAUUACUGCCAUCGAUUGCCUCAUGGCAAAAAAGGGAAGAUCUGCCAAAGCGUGUUAAGAAAACGUAACCAAAAUUCAAUUUGAUAUUGAGCACUCUUUUAAGCAACCAACUGCACAAACAUUUUACACAAAUGAAAGCUUAACACCAAAUAUUUUAGUAUAAAUUAGUCGAAUAUCGAUUGUUAUCUAAUGAUUAUAAUAUUUCACGAGCUUUUGCUUCAAUUUUAUCUGAAGACAUGUGAGCACGAUUCACUCAAGUGCUUUAACUAAAUAUAAAUUUACACACAAACAAGCAACAAACACCUUACACAAAUUCUAAGUUAUUUACAUAUGCGACAAUAAAGCUAAUUCUGAAAACAAA